UUAAAAGAUCUUUAUUUUUCAGUUAGGAACUUCGUUUGCGUGGUACGUGGUUACAGUGCAUUUAUGAGUGAGACGCGCGGCUACAGGAUAUACGCACCAGGGAAGUCAACAAACGCAUAGUUGGUUUUGGGGAAAGGUUUCUUGUUGACCUACAAUAUGAUACAUUUCAGUUUGUUUAAAAUACUCAACUUCCGAUCACCUUAAGAGGUUUGACUUUUUCAUCGUCCUACGUAGACUUAUGUAAGCCUAGAAGGUUACUAUGGCAAAUUUAACAAUGAUUACAUUUUACUUUAUAAAGUGAAUAUCUUAACUAAAUUUCAGUAGAUUACAAGGGUCUACUGAAUUGUUAAAAGCAGUUAAAACUGGUCAUGAUUAGUCUGGAGGGGACGACUUGAUGCCCAAGUAGGACCCGCCUCGACCUGGCUUGGUUACCUAGCAACAGUUAGUGUUGUACUCCAGAACCGUUGGAUAACGUAAGCGAGUUGACGCAUAGCGCUUACGUCCUCUGCGAUAAACCAGCUUUAGCAGUCAAAUGCAGUAAACUUAAACGAUGAUGACCGACACCUCCAUGCAUGUCGAGAGAACCCUUGCGCUCAUAAAACCAGACGUGGUUCACCUGGCGGAGGAGAUCGAGGACGUUAUCCUUGGAUCUGGCUUCACUAUUCUACAGAGGCGGAAGCUGCAGCUGAGCCCCGAGCAGUGCAGCGAUUUCUACGCGGAGCACUACGGGAAACUGUCUUUCCCCAGCUUGACGGUGUUCAUGAGCUCUGGACCAAUCAUCGCCCUGGCGCUGGCCCGCGAGAACGCUAUCGCCCAUUGGAAAGCCCUGAUUGGACCAGCCCAAAGAGCCAGAGCGUCAGAACCCGAAGGCCUGAGAGCCAAGUACGGCACGUCUGACCUGAGGAAUGCCCUCCAUGGCAGUGAGUCGAUGACUGCCGCUCAGAAAGAAAUCAAGUUCAUGUUCCCAGACUCGGUGUGUGAGCCGGUGCCCGUGGCCGAGGCCGCAGGAGACUACUUGUCCAAACACGUGAACCCCACUCUGAUCAUUGGACUGACUGAGCUCUGCAAACAGAAGCCCCUCGACCCUUGUAUAUGGCUGUCCCACUGGCUGAUGAGAAAUAAUCCAAACCAGCCCAAGAUAGAGGAUGCUGCCAUUGUGUAAGAAGCCGAAUAAAGAAGAGAAGAAUGUAUUUUAAGUAAAUUUAUGUAGUGAUUAAAGUUGUCUUCAGUGCAUUUUGUUUCAUUUUGAUUAACAGAAAAUGUAUAAUAGGGUACAACUGCCAUUCAAAUGUUCUCUACUUAUUCUAAUGUUGGUGAUUUGAUGCUGUUUUAACAUCCAUCUGCAUCAUGUAAGAAUGCAUUGUCAGCAUCAGGGAUCGGACACAUCUUUAGUUAGGAAGAACCAAAAACAGAAAAUAACUUGAAAUGGUUAUUCAAAGAGCAGAAGAAGAUUCUUCAUUAUGCUAGGGAAGAUAUUAAUUCAUUGCAAUCAGACAUAAAAGGAUGAAAUGAAUGAUACUUUUUCCACUUCCUUCUAUUCUCUUCUAUUAUCUACUCAGAUGGUUUUAUUAUGGUUAAUCGUUUUAACAGUCGUUGUUUUGUAAUUCAGAAAGACUUUUUAUAAUUUUGGCCAACUAAGAAUCUUAAGAUCUAGAAUUAUUUAUGAUGAACAGUUUCAACCCCAUUGACCCUAAAAAAAAAAGCUAAACAGCUUGUCUAACAGUUUAAUACAUCUAUAUGUAAUUUAAACUGAGUCAAUUAACAAUACAUAAGUAUCUUAUACAUUUGUACAUGACUAACAUGAACACAAACAAAAAUAUCACGAAUGGCGAUUAAACAAUACUGUGAUGGAGAUAAUAACGGCAGAAAAAGGGCGUGAACAAUGUCUAAACAGGAACACAGGGAUAUCUUGGGGCUGCAGUAGUCCCUAAAUCACAUUCUUCAAUCUUCAUGGAGUCUCUCCUAAACCUUCUUUAGAACGUCCCUUGAGGUGGGGUCCAAGUCAAACAGGAUAUCCAUCUUUAAAUAGAGCUCUCCGUUUGUGCGACCAGUCAAAGAUAUCGGAGUAGUCCAACCAUGUCGGACACUGAGAAACAGUUCAUGGAGACGACAGAGAACGGCCACGAAGGGGAGCAGGAGGAGGACUAUAACGGCGGGGCCGCGCACACCUAGGAGGGGAACGGAGGCGAACGGAGGCGAAGCGUGGAAGAGUGCAAGGAGUGCGCCGGGCCCGAAGCCCACGGCGCGGUGGAAGCGACGGACGGCGACUCUCAGAACGGAGCGUCGGAGGGCGGUACGAACAACGCCAGCGAAGAAGAGGAUCCAGGGAAAAUUUUUGUUGGACGUCUCACAUGGCACAGUCGUAAUAAGGAUCUCAAAUAUUACUUCUCUAAAUUUGGCGAGGUGACUGACUGCACCAUUAUGACUGACAAGGAGACAGGGCGACCAAGAGGCUAUGGCUUCAUCCUCUUCAAAGAAGCAGCCAGUGUAGAAAAGGUCUUAGAGCAGAAGGACCACCUGCUACAUGACCGACAAAUUUACCCCAAGAAGACCAUCGCGAAGCCGAAGAGGGGGAUUGUCCUUCGUGUUGAGGAGCUUUUGCGCAUUUUGAACCUACCAUAAAUAAAGCCUUGACAUUAUUACCCAUCGAUA